AUGAUUCCUUGGCGCAUCGUUUCACCCCUCGAGCACUCAUACAUCCUGACUCGCUCUCACAAGGCCAAUGAUCGUGAUCACAGAGGCCUGGCAGACGGCACCGCCGCCCCCACCGAGCAUCUUCCCCGUUUCUUCGCAAAGGCCGGCCACCUGGACGCCGACCCAAAGAAGAUCAAGAAGGACGGCGCCGGUAAGGGCAACUGGGGCAACAUGGGGCAGGAAGUCGUGGAUCAAGACUUCCGCUUCACCAACGCCCGCCGCCGCUCCAACAGCAGCAACCUGUCCCACCACAUUGGAGACUUCAAGACCAAGUUCGAGGUCAACGAACAGGAGCCCGUCUUCGAAGAGUCCCUCCACGGCCCUUCCAACGACGAGACAGGCGACGAGCUCUCCAAGACGGACUCGUCGGAGAGCGGCCGCUCUUCCGCCUAG